GGGGGCGAUUAUUUAAGUAAGCGGCACAAUACAGUGUUAGAUACCCCUCCAAUGCUGUUUGCUUCCCAUCAAUCUCAUACCUCUCUCUCUCUCGGGACGAUUCAUUGCCAUGGGACCAAUAUCAUUUCAAAUACUCUCCGACCUGCACCUCGAAACUCAUUCCUUGUACGGAAGCUUCAAGUUCGCUCAAACCGCAUCAUACCUCGCCCUUCUUGGCGAUAUUGGCCACGUCGCUAACAACGACUCUUUUCAUUUCUCGAAGAUCAACUUGGCCAUUACUCAGUUGUCUUUUUUCUUUUGGGAAAUCAUGAUCCAUAUCAUCUGUCGUUCAAAGUUGCGAAGGCCAAGAUACACAGUUUCCAGGC